AUGAUCCCCGCAUUACAUAUCAAUACCAGUUUGUCUGCGGUAACAACCUGUGCUAUGAUAUACGGUUUCUAUGAUGAGUGCAAACGUCGAUAUAACAUCAAGCUAUGGAAGACCUUUACAGACUGCUUCAACUGCCUACCAAUAGCCGCUGUAGUUGAAGGUACAAUCUUCUGUAUGCACGGGGGACUGUCACCUGACUUAAACCAAGUGGAUCAGCUAAGACAUAUCAGCAGACCUCUGGAUAUCCCUGAUCAUGGACUGGUGUGUGAUCUCUUAUGGGCUGAUCCUGAUGAGGACAUCACAGGUUGGGGAGAGAAUGAUCGAGGAGUAUCCUAUACGUUUGGUGGUGAUGUGGUCAGGCAUUUCCUCAAGAAGAAUGAACUCAGUCUCAUUGUCAGAGCACAUCAGGUGGUAGAGGAUGGAUACCAGUUUUUCCAGAAGAGGAAGCUCGUCACACUGUUCAGUGCGCCCAACUACUGUGGAGAGUUUGACAAUGCUGCAGGGGUAAUGAUUGUCACUCAAGAUCUCACCUGUUCAUUCUCUAUCCUUCAGCCACAAGCUGGAAAUGGACCAAAGAAAGAUGACAAGAAGAAAUGAUGGCGCCCUCUUGUGUUGGUAAACCUUUAGUUGGGGAAUGUAAUUUUAGUAAGCUGCCAAACUUCAUUACCGGUAGAUGUACAGGGGCCAUGGAGAGACAAAAAUUUAGCUCACCGCCUGGGAACUUGUUAUGUAACCUCAUGCAAUCUGAUACUUCAAAGUCAUUAUGUAUUGAUACCCCAUCAGCUUUUAGGCAGUCAAUAUAUCUGUUUUGGAAGGCCAGGUUAGAUUUGAUUGGGAGCCUUCCUUGAGCACACAUCGGCUAUAUCGUCUGUUGAGAUGUUAAGCAAACCUUAUGAAUGACUUCAAUUAAAUCCUUUGUGAUAAUCCUUGUUUGAUACAACUUUUUGAUAGUAUAUCUUUUUUUGGGGGGGGGGG